AUUAUCCUAGAAGCCAAGAGUCACGCCAUCCGGGACGCUCAGAUCCUGGAGAAGAAGCAGAUCGAGAAAGAGCUGAGCGGGGAGGAGAAGAGAGUGGCCCACCUGAUGGAGGCCGAGAGGCAGAAGGCCAAUCAGAUGCAGGACGAGCUGGAACGGAAGCGGAAAGAGGAAAUGUACAGGAAAUGGAACGCCGCAGAUUGGAGCGCUUGACGAUCCAGGCUGACAUCCGGAACAUCAACGACGAAAACCAGAGGCGCAAAGAGGAGAAGCUUUACCAGGAGAAGAUGUCCGACAUGCGGGUGUUGGAGUACCAGAGGCAGAAAAUGGCACGGGAAGCCGAAUUUGAGGCCGAGCAGGAGAAGAUCCGUAAGGAGAAGGAAAUGGAGACGGCGCGUCUGCGCGCUCUACAAGAAAAAGCCCAGGAUCACCAAGCAGAACAGCACGCCCUGAGGGCCAAGCGCAACCAGGAGGCCAACGAGCGCGAAUGGCGGCGGAAGGAGAAGGACGCCGUGCAGAAGAAGCUGCAGACGGAAGCCAUGUUGAAACAGAGUCGGCUGGAGCAGGUGGCACAGAAGGAGCACAACUUGGCCAUCCAGGUGCAGCGCGACCGCGCUGAGUUCGAAAGGAUCGUCAGGAUCCAGCGGGAGCAGAUCGAGAAGGAGCGAAAGGAACACGAGCGCCGGCUGGCCCUCCAGAUGACGCACGCGGAUGAGCUCCGGCGCCAGGUGCGGGAACACCAGCAGCAGCAGGUCCAGGAGCGCAUCGCCAUCUUCGAAGAGGGCAAGCGCCUCAAGGAGGAAGCCCGCCGGCGCAGCGAUCGCCUGAACGAGAUCAAGAGAAGGAAGUUGGAUGAGCUGCGGGCUGCCGGGCUCCCUGAGAAAUACUGUGUGCAGGUGGAACGUAAAGCUUUCGUUCAGUCCGUCCACUGAGCCGCAGGGGUGUUUUUUAACUAGUUAAACUCUCAAUGUGUAGCCUAGAUUUUUAUUUUCUUAUCCUUACUUGAAUAGAUCUAUUUCUGGAUG